AUGGCGGCGAAACAGCGUGGGUCCUCCGACGCGUCCAAACAGAACAAAAUGGAGAAGUUCACGUUCACUCUCGGCAAGCUCGAUGCGGGCAUGGCCAUCCUCCUUGGACCUAACUCGCACCUCCUCGAGUUCCCUUCGCUCCUCAUCCCAGAACCAUCACCCAAUGAGCCACCCCUCGGCCCAGGCUCCAUCCUCACCAUCACAGUCACGCGCGACCUUGAGGCAGAGCGCACGGCUCAGAGCUCUUUCGAAAGGCUUCAAGCAUCCAUCCUCGACGCGUUCGGCACCAACCCACCCACCAAGCCUGAGCUCCAAAUAUUGAACGUCACGCAGACGAGCGUAGCACUGGAAUGGAACGAGCUGUAUCUCGGCAGCGCCACCUUCCGCGGGCUCGAAAUGUACCGCAACGGCCAGCGGUGGGGCCGAGUCGGUGGCGAGGUUGGGACCAAGGACGAGAAGACGGAGUGGAAGACGGGCGGCCUUCAAAGCGGCGAGGAGUACACGUUCCAACUCGUCAUGAAGACGACGGCUGGCACCUUCCCGUCCAACCUCAUUCGCGUUCGGACGCACACCAUGGACAACCUCACUGGCCUCUACCCAACGUUCGGAUCUAUCGAGCCUGCAACCCUCCUGUCUCAGUUGCGGACCUGCUUGACCGACAUCGGGGCGCGCGAGGCGCCCCAUAUCUCAACUGCCACCACGCACUUCGUCUGCUCGUCGGCGCUUCUCAGCGAUGGCGACAAUGGAAGUGGUAGCCACAUAGACGAGGCGUACGAAAAGGCUGUGGCCGCCAACCUCCCCGUCGUGAGCCCCAGCUGGCUUCUUGCCGUUGCGGCUGAGAGGCGACUGGUGCCCAUCGCCAACUACCUCCUUCCGUCGCCGUCAGCGCCAAGGGAUUCGAGCUCAGGUUCUGCUCCAUUCCGUCGCCCGUCCGACUUGAAACACUCAUCGCUUCCUGUAGGCGGAUCAGGGUCUCCAGUACGCGAGCAACCGGAGGUCCGCUCGCCAAGCCCGGAGACUGUUGCGCGCAUGAGCAACACGGGCCCGGCCAUGAGCCCGUCGUCACGACAGGGCUCGUUCGCACCGAGUGUCGAACGAUCAGGAUCCCUAGGCAACGAACGGAAGACGAGCACCGGAGGGCCGGUCACGCAGCAGCGAUCCCGCAGCCCGCGCCCCGAGUCGGACGGCCGGCUCGACCGUGGCUUCAAGUUCCCAACCUCUGGUUCCGGCAGUGGGAGCAAGCCGACGCCCCAUAUACGCACCCAGCUGAGUGACGGCGACGAGUCCAUCGCUUCGCCCGUCAUGCAGACCCCGAUCGUCCAUAUCCAGGCGCCAUCGACCGAUGGCCCGAUCUCUGCCCCCGUCGGCUACACACCAAUGGAGGAGGAGAUCAAGGAGGUCAAAGAGAUCGACGGUCCGCCUGCGUACGACCAACCUGACGCCGCAGGAAAGGACUCGACUGAGGCCAGGGAGGAGUUCAAAGGCGACUCUGAUGUCCAAACCGCUCCUGCGCAAGAAACGGCUAGCCCCACGUCGAAGCCUGUAACGAAGUCGAGGAAGGAGGCCGAGGCGGAUUUGGCGGCGACGAACGUUGGGAAGGCGGAAGAGCCUGUUGUUGGCGCAACUGCUGCCGCUGAGACGGCCGAAUCCGACGGACCUGCAGGAGAGGUUCCCAUCGAGAAACCGUCCACCAACGACGCGACUGUCGGGUCGGCGGCCGAGACGGAGGACGCCAACUCCGAGGAGGGUGUUGCUGACUUGAGGAAGAAGCCGGAGGUUGUUGUCGAGUUGGACACGGACAAGAAGGAGAUGGCCGUCAAGGCUGAUGGUGAUGAAGCCCAGUCUGAUCCCAAGGAAGCCGGGGAGGACAUCGCCUUAGUCGACACUCCGGAUGAGGCCAAGGCGAAGGCAGCAGUCUCCUCCGAAAACCCCGCCUCAUUGAUCGACACAAACGAGGAGGUGAAGGCUGGUGAGGUCAUUAAGGAGAAGGAGGACGUCAAGCCUUCGGCAUAG